AUGGGUGGACGAUACACUCCGGAUCUAAGUGACAUUCCAAGCAUUGGAAUCAAAGCAAAAGGAAACGUGGUCUCCCAAAACAGAUCUGGUAACGAAGCAUCUAUGCAGAGGGGAAGAAAGCUAAGGAGAAGAAUUAAGAGAGCUGCCAAGUGCCGAUCGGGCUGGUUUUAUAUUAUACGCUGGAUGCCCUCUUCCCACUUGGGGCUAAAGGACUUUAAGUCAGUAAGUCAAAACUCCCAAUAG